AAAUUUAUUAACCUCAAAAAUUUGACAUUAGAGGGUCGGAUGACAUUUAUUUAGUCAUUCGUAAACUUUUUUAUUUCUGCAAACCAAAUAGCUUCUCCGCCUAUUUAUAAUUAUAUUUUUUUAUAUCCGUGAUAAAAGAUCCUCCAAGAAUCAAAAUAUCUGACAAGUAUUCCUUUGUUUAUAUAGCAGUCAAUAAAUUAUAUGAUAAAAUAUGGGUAUUCCCAGUAAAGCCGUAAAGUCAUCAACAUCAAACGCACAAAACAUCAGCAGAAAUCUUACAACAGUGUAAUGGCUGAAGAAUCUACUGACAAUGACUCAAAACCUGUCAUAAAUCUCAUGAAUGAUGAAUUAUUCGAGUUAAAAUGCCUGAUUAAAGCAUCUGGAAUUAAUCAGAGCGCUUAUUGUGAGAUAGGUCGUCGGCAGUUGCUGGCUUUUUCAACCCAUCAUACAGACAUCGGUUUGUUUUAUCAGUCGGAUGUCAAUAAGCAGCCAGUAGUUAAAAGGAUACCAUGGUACCGAGCACCAAAUCGUGGGAUAGCAGCUCUCUGCUUCGAUCCAACGGGAUCGUGGCUCCUCACUGCAACAGUAGACGGUUCUCUGUACAUUAUUCCAGUGGUGGCUUUGCUGGACGAUCGCCAGACGAUAGAUCACAAGUGGUCUGUCAACGAUGCCACUCAGCUCUCCAUAGCUGAUCACCAGUCCUCUUAUUCCAAACCUAGUGCGCUGACUUGGUGGCAGGGAGUGACGCAAUGCAGCCACAUAGGCAUCGUAGGUACCGAGGAAGGAGAGAUAAUUUUUAUAAACCUAGAAAACGGGCAGUGGAUUGACUCAGCCCGCGUAAAUGGCAGCAUUGCAAGUCUCUACAUCUGUCAGGACAACAAUUUGGAAAUAGUUUCCCUGCUGGUUACCUCCAAGACGCAUCAGCAGUGGCGGAUGAUCCUCGAGCAGCGGACUAAUUGUAUUUUCCCACUUAACACGCGGACUGGUUCCUCAUUUCACUCGAGGUACGAAGAGGAAUCCAAGACACCGCCACGAUCCAGGCUCCAAGGAUUGAAGCAGCUGUCCGUAGAGAAGCUGGCGAUAAUAAGACAGAAGUUGGCCGAGUCGAGGAAUAAAAAUGCUACCAACUUGCGCCGUGACAGUGAGAGUAGCAGCGGAACUGAUGAACUGGAAGCAUCGCCGAAGCUGUUGCCUCGCAAUAGAGACACUUUGAUUCUUGAACCUCUGCUGGAAGAUAUUUAUCUGUCUCCGCAGUACACGAGACAAGGCCAGCAUCUAUACACGGCUUACUGUGCCGGUUCUAAUCACAUCACAAUACACGGUACUGAUAUAUCAGUGGUACCUUAUCACAUGUACAAAAUGCCAGAUCUCUGCACGGAUAUUUUACUGACCCAGCGGCUAUUUUUCGUGACUGGACCUCAUCGUCGGUCGCUCUGGAUUGUGUCCUGCUCAUUGUCGGAAACGAAGAUUGGAGAUGAAGGCGACUACAAUCAGGAAGCCACAGUAGCGCGAUUUAAAUUUGAAGAUUCAAAGGAAUUAAUAACGUGUAUUUAUCGGUCAACGGAUUAUAAAGAUACGGAUAGCGGUAGUAGUGCUGGUAGUAGUAGUGAUUCCAAAGAAGAUAAAUCUUGUUUGCCAAGUAAAAUAGAUGAUCUCAAUAUAGAAGUACCACUAGUAGAUACUUGUAUAAUAGUAACUAAUUACGGUGUAUAUAAAGUUAUUCUCAGGAAGCCGUUGCUCAACGUCUUCAUUGAUCUGGCAUUAAAGAAACGUAAAUCUGAUAUUGAGAAAGCCGCGCGUUUGGGCAUCGUCUUUGGUCUCAAUGUAUCCCAAUUGUUUGAAGCUGCUGGUGACAUCCACUUGACCAAUAGUAGAUUUAGUGAAGCGGCUGCGCUCUAUAAAUUAUCACGCUGUCGUCUAUUGAAGGGAGUUUUGAAGACCGCAGCUACGGGACACACGCAGAAAUUACUGGGCUGCUUGACUCAUUGUCUCACGCCUCCAGCAGUCUCUGAACUGACAACGACUACCAGAAUCCAUUUGUCUAAUCUCGCGGUUUUUGCAUUCAGCGAAUUGAUUCUUCGGGCCACACAUCAAGAGUCCAAGAGCCUGUACAAAGAAUUCCUCACCUUUUUAUCAAAAAAUACUUUCUAUGACGAGAGAUGGGUAGUGGACGUAGUGGGACAGACAAGUCUUUGGAAGGUUCUGCAUCACUUGGCGACUCAGCGAGGCCUGUAUGCUCAAGUCUGCGAGGUUCUCAUGAAGACAGUGCAACCUUACAACCCGGUGAGUAUGUCCAAUACACCUCUCAACACUAAAUAUGGACUGCUGAUUUGCAUAAGCGAGCCGAGUCUUCUCCAAUCGAUGCUGGCCACUCCGUCACUAGCUAAGAGCCACAUGAUGUUUGUCCUCUCGAAUCUUGCUGAGUUUCAGGCAUUUGUUCUCCAACGUUUGGUCACUCUCUACGACCCAACUAAUCCUGCUUUCCGACCUCUGCUGAUUCGGUACCGAGCUCGACGUCGCACGACUUCGCACGGCUCUCAGUCUAGCCAGUGCGACUCUCUGGAUUCCUCAGAUAUGCUCGAAGAGGCUGGCUCUCUUGUAGAAGAAAUCCUGGAGACUUUUAUCCUGACUCUGCUUACUCUGAUCAACAAACGCUCAACAACAUUGAAGCACAACCCGGCACUAGUGGCUCGGACAACGCUACCAGGAAUUGAAAAACGUUUCACAGAUUUUACGCAGCACAUUGACUUCAAACGGAGGCUGCUGGCAGCUGGUUACGGCCACGUGGCUUUGAUAAGAAAUGGCAGCGUCUACACUUGGGGCAGUUCCGCACAAGGUUGUCUGGGCACUGGGCCAACAAUUUCAAGAUAUGGGCCACCGCAAGCGGUCACUGUUUUUAAGAAUUUAGAGAUGGAGGUCUUGAGUGUCUCCUGCGGGCGUUGUCACACUCUGGCAGUUACUAACAAUGGCGUUUAUGCUUGGGGAGGUAGUCAGUUUGGGCAAUUGGGUCUUGGACGUUUGCUGCAGACUCCUAGUCCUGAGAUGAUUGUAUCACUGGCUGAAGAAAUAAUUGUUGAUGCUGUUACUGGUCAGUAUCAUUCGGUAGCUCUUACUAUGGAUGGACGUGUCUUCACCUGGGGCUGGGGCGUCCACGGACAACUGGGACACGGAAACACUCUGCAAAAAAAUAUUCCUACAGUGGUGUCAUCACUUCUGGGUAUCAUUAUUCGCGGAAUUGCCGCUGGACACGCACAUACACUGGCCCUUUCUGCUGAAGGACAAGUUUACGCAUUUGGUUGCAAUAUUUUUGGACAAUUGGGCACCGGUAAUAAUAUUAAAUCAUCAUUACCAGUUGUCAUAAAUCUUUUACCUGAACCAAUGACAGACAUUGCUUCUGGUUACUUCCACAACCUCGCUGUCAGUGCGACAAACAAGCUUUACACCUGGGGAUCCAGUCCCCAGGUUCUGCGACUUCAGACCCAAGCACAAAAGAAGACCAAGAUGAUGGAGUUCCAAGCGGCCGCUGAAAAAUACGCCGAGAGUCUCGAGGACUUUGAAGCAAUCGACGACCAGUCGAAUGACAAGCUAUCGUCUAUAGAGAAACUGGCCAUCAAGACUGUCAACGAACGUAAAUUGAAUUGUCCCAACGUUCCUAAGACGAUAAGUCUACGUGACAUUAAUUUAGGACUUUUAGAAGAAGCGCAGACGCAUUUAAAACCCGUUUUAGUGGACACCAGUCUUGUAAACGGGCGUAUCAUACAAAUAUCUACUGGUUGUCAUCACUCGUCUCUGCUAACUAAAGACGGAACUGUAUACACAUGGGGCAGAAAUCUUGACGGACAAAUUGGCAAUGGGACGCGCAAAGACGUUCUAAUCCCUACACCUCUACUCUACAAUCCAGUAUCAGUUCUUGCCCACGUCCCGCCGCGCAAUUCAUCCGAAAAUAAUUCUCAAGAAAACAACAAACGAGUCAUAAAAGCUGUGCGCGUGUGCUGCGGAUGUGAAUUCACAAUCGCUAUCCAACCUGGCGGUACCGUCUUAGCAUGGGGAUCAUAUAACUCAGCCCAAUUAGGUCGCCCACCGAACAAAGACUCCAACAGCGGGAACGCAGAGAAACUAGUGCUGAUAAAAUCAUCAAAAAGACUCGUACGACUGCCCCAUGGCGCGCACGUGGUCCAAGACACGCCUAGUCAAGUGCCAAAUAUUCCCACUCCGAUCAUCACUUAUCAGAGCUACGACGUUACCCCACUGGCGGGUCGGGUGCGGCCUCUGAGUCUCGUUGAAAAAUCGUACGGAGAACUUACACUCCACUAUGUGCUCGAGCAGUUCAAUGGACUCUACGACGCAGCCAAGAUCAUGGAUAAGUGCGACGAGCUGGGUAAUUAUCAAGCGAGAUCAAAGCUAGCUCUGCUAGAGCAAAAUUACUCUAUAGCUCUGGCUUAUCAGCUGAAAACUGUCAAUCCCGAGUACUAUGCGCGGAAUGAAACUCAGGCAAAUGAAUUGAACCAGCUAAGGCCAUUUGCAGUUGAUGAAUCUCCCGAGACUGUAAAGAAAGUUAAGGAGAAUACUGAGUUGUUUGAUAAGCAAGUGGAGAAGAAUUUGGUCGAGACUAUAGAGGAGUCCGAAGAAAAGAAGAGAAUGAAGAUGUCGAUCAGCAGAUCCCUGGAUAGUAUCAGCAUAGUUGAGGAACUUCAUACUUUUGAUUGUCAGGGAGGCUCUGAAGAACUUUGCGAAGACACCAAGAGCGAAGAUAUUUCUCUAGAUCUUACUGAAGACGCGCUUGAUGACAAUGAAGCUCUAUCUCAUCGCGAUGAUAAAAAUAUAAAUCUUAAUCUUCCUAAUAAUAAUCAUAUAGAAUCAGCAGAUUUACUUAAUAAAGAGUUAGCUAAUCAAGAUAAAGAUAUAAAAAUAUGUAAUUCUGUUUUAGACGCUUCAAAUGUUAUAAAAUUUUACAUAAACGAAAUAGACGAAAGCGCACAAAAAAUAAUGCGUCAGGUUCUGCUGACAAUUUUUGAUUUUUGGAUUAAAAACCAGUUGCCAAUGGGGAGUCUUGAGAAGAUUUUACUCGAGCAUAUCAACAAACUCUAUUACUCUCUUGGUCUUUUGGUCUUCUGUCAGAAUCAACUGAGCGAUGACGACACCAACAAAAAUGAUUCCUCCCAGAUAAUAAACUAUGUGUCGACAAAUUUCUGUCUCCAAGUCUGCCAGAUGCUGCUCCAUCAUAUCGACACCGGUAAGCCUGCUCUGGAGUACGUGGAACUGCUGUCCCUACUUACCGCCAAGAAUUAUGGGCCCGUGGGGUACGCGGGCAAGGAGAGCAAGUCCCCUGAGCAAAUGAUGGAGGGAAUAAUAAGCGCAAUAUCAACAAAAUCAACCGACCCGCGACCUUUCAUUCACAUAAAAGAUCCCGAAAAGGUAUCGAGAUUCUUGGAGUCUGAGGAGGACACUAUUGUUUUUACAUGCGGCCAUCAUUUUCCCAUGUCGAUUUAUCAGUCUGAAGUUAUACCGAGUAUGGAAGCCGAGCUGCUGAUGACUCAACCACUCUCGUUACCUUGUACUGCACAAUCAUUGGGCAAUAUGCUGAGCCGGGUUUGUAAAAUGGAAAUCAUGUGUCCCAGAUGCGUGCCUCGGGCCAUACAAAAUGCUGUUAAGAAUCUCAUGGAUAGGUAGAAAUUUUUUAUUAUUAACUUAAAUAAUAAUUAUUAAUUAUUCUGGUUAAUUAAAUUCAAGGAGGUUUAUUUUUAAAUUAAUGUAAUAUUAACAUAUUAACAUAAAAUAACUAAUUUAUUUUUAUUUGUAAGCUUCCUUGGUUUAAUUAAUUAAAAUAAUUUAUUAAAUUAUAUAUAUAAAUAUAUAUAAAUAUAGAAUUGAUGAUUAGUUAUCAAUUGAUUAUUGAUAAUUAAUAAUUGUCUUUCACUUCCGUACACUUUGAUGACUGAGUAAUGAAUUUAUAGAUAGAUGUCUAAUCUAAAUAAUUAAACUUAAUAAUUAAUAUAUUUAAAUAAUAAUAAUAAUUAUUAUUAUUAAAUUUUUUUCUUCCGUGUGAAUAUAAUAUUUAAAAGGGGACGGAAACGCACAUGUUGAGUCACAAGUUCGAAGUCUUUAUGGUGAUUUAGGAUGAUUAGAAAAGACUAUUAUUUUAGAUAAAAAAAAUAUUUGAAAAACGUUUUUUAAAGAUUUAAAAGUACCGCGCUUUUUGUGAUAGCGUUCAAACGCUCGUAGCUGCUAAACGAUUGACGUGAGAAAAAAGUUCAAAGGAAACAUUUUGCAGGGAAUUAAAUUUCCUACAAAAAAGGUCCUCAGUAAAAUUACUGUAAAAGUAGUAUUUCAGAAGAUAUAUAAUAUAAUAGGUGUUUAAAGAUUUAUGUGUGAAGAAAAAAAUAGAUAGAUAUUUAUGUUUAUGUAGACUGCUCUUUAAACGCCGCUAACUCUUGAACCGGUACUUGGGCGGUGAUUUUUGUGAGAACCUUUUUUGUUGAGAAUUAAAUUUACUACAAAAAAGUAUUUGAGAUUUUUUUUUGUAAAGUCAAUAUUUUAGUUGUUACAAGCCUUUGAAAGUUACCUCGCAAUCUGACAAACUUUUAAAGAUUUUUUUCAUGUAUAUUAUUAUUAUUAUCAUUAUUAUAAAUGAAGGUGAUUAUUAUUUUUAAAAAUUAGAAAAAAAAUUAAAGACUUUAAAUUAUUGCAAUGUGCAAUUAUAUUGUUUAUAAAUCGUAUUAUUGAAAAAUUAUAUCUAU